CACGCCAUAGACUCAAAGCAUCGUAACGCAUUAAAUAGGUAUCUCACGGAGAGCGCACGUAUUGUGCUUUGCGAAACUUCAUCGGGCCGCGGCCCUUGCUUUCCCCCGCUCACUGCGACCUCGCGUUUCACAUACCACUGUACAAGAUGUGUGCUUGUAUGACUAAGGAAGCUCUUCUAGAGGUUUGCAAACAAAAUGGACUCUACCGCACGGCCUCGCUGAACGACAAGCUCUAUUGCAACUUCAAGGGGUUCUCACAGAUUGCCUGUCUUGAGGACUACGUCAACUUGAAGGCGCUCUUCCUAGAAGGGAAUGUGCUGGAGACGCUGGAGGGGCUGCCACCACUGGCGGACCUGAAGUGCCUGUACGUGCAGCAGAACUGCAUCUGGAAAAUCAGUGGCCUGGAGGCCGUGCCCGGCCUCGACACGCUCAAUAUCAGCAACAACCAGCUCACCAAGCUGGAGGGGCUCGCGUGCUGCCCGGCGCUGCGAACGCUCAUCGCCACGCACAACCACCUGGUCACGCUGGACUCCGUGGCCCACUUGGCCGAGUGUAAGGCGCUGCAGACUCUGGACCUGCAGAACAACGAGCUGGAGGACCCCGGCAUUGUGGACAUCCUGAAGCAGAUCCCGGACCUGCGCUGCCUGUACCUCAAGGGCAACCCGGUGGUGUCCAACAUCAAGAACUACCGCAAGGUGCUGGUGACCUCCAUCCCCAGCCUCACCUACCUGGACGACCGGCCCGUGUUCGACAACGAGCGCAAGAUCGCGCAGGCCUGGCUGGAGGGCGGCCUGGAGGGCGAGCGGGCCAUGCGCAACCAGCUCAAGGAGGAGGAGGAGGAGCGCAGCCGCAAGAACCACGAGUUCAUGAUGCAGAUGCGGGCAGCGGGCUGGCGCGAGCGGCGCAAACGCAUGGGCCUGCCGGACGGCGACACGGACCCGGCGCUGGACGACAUGAGCGACGGCGAGUACGAGUUCGAUGAGGAGCCGGAGGAGCUGGUGGAGGCGCGGCAGCGGCUGGCGGCGUACACGGCGCGGCCCGGGGAGGAGGAGCCGGCAGAGCUGGCAAGCGCUCGGCAGGGCCUGGCGCGGGACGGCAAGCCCAUCCAGGAGGGCGCCUGGGGCAGCGGCGCGGCGGCGGAGUCGGACUCGGCCAUUUACUUGCAGUCGGUCAAGGCGGCGCAGGCGGAGCUGGACGUGGUGCGGCAGCAACAGCCGCGGCAGCUGCCCACGGCGCAGGUGCUUAUCGAGGAGCUGGAUGAGCCGUGCGGGGGGAAGGCGCCGGCAGCGGACGAGGGCUCGACGCCGCCGGCGCUUUCGCCGAUGACCAGCCCGUCGGGGUCGGAGGGCCAGGGCGGGGAGGGCGUGGCGGCGGCGAAGAAGGGCGCGGCAAGCGGUGCUGCUGAGGGGAUAUCGGCCGCGGUCGACAUCAACGACCUGGAUUAGGCCAUGGGCUAUACGGUGGGGUUUGGGGCUGCGGACUGAGGUGCGUUAGCUAUCAGGGGCUGGGCUCCAGGACGUCAAAGUGCGAAGAAUGGCUUGCAUGAGCGUGCAGCGAGCGAUGUCGGGGCGCGGACUGAAUUUAGGCUGUAUUGUGUGGCCUUGACUGACAUCCGGACAUGGGCCUCAAAUGGCUAGGCAUAGCUUAAUGCUAGUGUUGUGUAGGACAACAUUCAGAUACGGUCCCGACAGUGUGCCCAGGUGGCCUGGGGUAUUUACAUUCAUCGUAUAAUAGCAUGUGAGCUUGGAUGUCUGUUGCACGGCAGAAGCCGGUUCAAUAUUCGGUUAAUGAGUGCGUGCGAUGUAAGCCGUAGGCGCGUA